GAGAGAGAGACAAAUCGGGAGGUUCUGCCAAUUGAAAUAGCUCAGUAACAGCAGCGAGCCAGAGAACCGAGCCUGCCUCUAUGUCAGGGCCACUUACCUGCAAGGUGCGCAACGAAGAUGAUGACCAUGAACGGCAAGCAGCAUUUCUCUAUGCACCCGGUGCUGCAGGAGCCCAAAUACUCUGGCCUGCACGCGAGUUCGGAAGGCAUGCGCAGGGUGUGUCUGCCUGCCCCGCAGCUUCAGGGCAAUAUAUUCGGUUGCUUUGAUGAGAGUCCACUGGCACGCGCGGAAGCUCUGGCGGCUGCUGACAUUGUCUCUCACGGCAAGAGUCACACUUUCAAGCCUGACGUGACUUACCAUACCAUGAGUAGUGUCCCCUGCAACCCCAACUCCUCUACGGUGCCCAUCACCCACUCCACCACCCUGACCCCUCACCACCACCACCACCACCACCUCAACCAGAGCUUGGAGGGGGAUCUCCUGGAUCACAUCUCGUCCAGUCUCUCUGUGAGCGGGAUGGGGGCUCCGGAUUCCUCUAUGAUGGCCACUCAAGCCCACCAGCACCACCUCCAGACCAUGGGUCAUCUUCACCAAGCUAUGGGCAUUGGUCAUCCGCACUCCUUGUCUGUGCACAACGGAAUGUCGUGUGUCAACGACGUGGAGUCGGAUCCUAGGGAGCUGGAAGCCUUCGCUGAGCGGUUCAAACAACGGAGGAUAAAGCUCGGGGUGACCCAGGCGGACGUUGGCUCAGCUCUCGCCAACCUGAAGAUACCUGGGGUGGGCUCUCUCAGCCAGAGCACUAUCUGCCGGUUCGAAUCCCUCACCCUCUCUCACAAUAAUAUGAUUGCGCUAAAACCUGUCCUCCAAGCCUGGCUCGAGGAGGCUGAGGCUGCUUACCGGGAGAAAAACAGCAAGCCAGACCUUUUCAAUGGCAACGAACGCAAACGAAAACGCACGUCGAUAGCCGCACCUGAGAAACGAUCUUUGGAGGCAUAUUUUGCUAUCCAGCCCCGUCCCUCUUCGGAAAAAAUUGCUGCAAUUGCUGAAAAACUGGACCUUAAAAAGAACGUGGUUCGUGUGUGGUUUUGCAACCAACGGCAAAAACAGAAAAGGAUGAAAUAUUCUGCUGUGCAUUAGUUCAAAUAAUGCCUAAAAUACGACAUUUUGAAGAGAUAACGGGGAUCUAUCAACAUCUCAUGCCUGACUGGAAUUUACUACUGAGACUCUAUAGGAUUUAUUUACAUUUCAAUUAUUUCGUUCACUUUUUUUGUCCUGUUGUUUAGUUUGGAAUUAAACGUAUCGUGCUAAAGGUCUCUUGGAGGAAAUGUUCGUUGUUGAUUUUAUGACUGCCUAUGACACCUCUUCAAUCACAGAACUAAACUAUAGGGCCUAACAAAUAGAGGGAGAAAAUGACUUCUCUCUCGUGUGAUAUGUCCUGUUGAAUGCUCAUAAAACAUGUUAGUUGUUUGGACAAUUUAAUCAAUUACACUAACCAUUUUGACGUUUAGGAUUCAUAUUUAAGAUGGAAUGAAUGUGUGUUCACUGCAUAGGGGUAACACAACCACCAAAAAAAUGCUAAUAAAUGUGCUCUCUUUGUGAACUAGCUGAACUUUAUUUACCGUUAUGUGUAAACGAGGCAAAUACUAUUCACAUUAUUUAUGACGCAACACGAGUUGAUUUUUUUAAUAGGCUAAUUUUAAAUAAGGCAUGUCAAACCGGCAUAUUUUGUCAUGGACUAUUUUGAUGUGAAAAAUGUAAAACAGUUUGGAGUAUCACUGAAAUACUAUGAGUAUUUUUCUUCACUCUUGGAUUUCACUUGACAAAAUGAGUGAAGUUCAAACUUCAUUAAUAAAUCAUUGAAUAUUUUCUCAAAUUCCAUUGAAUCAGCAAUUUAUUAUUUCGAUAAAAUUUUGCAUGAUUAUUUUGUGUUUUAGUCAACUGUAGAGAAUUAGACAUUUGCAGGCUAUUACCACUAUUACAACAGGCUAUUACCAAUUUAAAAACAUUUCGGUUGAGCUUAAAGUAAUUUGGCCAUUUGUGUGAGGUUAUGAUAGUAUUGUAUUUAACUAUCUAUUUUGUUUCUCGGGUUGGACUAGGGGAGUAUUAACUCAGGGUUUGUUCCUGGUCUGAAUAAAUCCUGCCUCAAGAUUACAGGCGAUACAAUCAUUGUAAAACCAUGAGUUUCACAGAGAACAUGACUUGUUUCAAUUAGGAAUUCCCAAUUCUCUGCUGCGAUUAAAAACGAUUCAUAUAACACAUAAAUAUGAUUGAAAAAAGUACAUAUUUCAUUGCUGAAUGAUAAACCAAAGUCAAACACAAUGCAACAAUUGUAUGCACAUAUAAUUUAUGUUUUCCUUUCAUUGACGCACUGUUACCAGGACAUUGGUCCGAAUUAGAUUGGUUAAUAAUUAAUGCCCUUGUGUCACUGGGUUAUAUCGUGGGGUUUGAAAUUAUUAAGUAAUGAUGAUGCAAUAUUAAUUAUAUAUUGGUAUAAAACGAAGCUUGGAGCUGUGUGGAGGGCUGACAGUGUAUGGGAGCUCGUGACUCGAGGGAUAGAGGGGACUCUCACAAUGCCAGGUAAGGAUUUGAAGAUUUCAAUGUAUCUUUUAAACCAGUACGAAGGUCAAGAGAAUUUUCCACGGUUUUUAUCUGUGUUUCGUUCCCCCUGCCCCUUUAUAUUCUGAGUUUUUGUACUCAAGUUAAAUAUAUUAUUAUACUAAUAACAAUACAAUAGGAGUUUGAAAUAGUAUGUGAAACUACUAUUAUUGUUUGAACUUGUAAUAAUACCAACUCACUUCAUUACAUUUGUCUUUAUUCUCUUCCUGAUGAAUAAGUGCAGUUGUAUGAGUCAUUUAGUAUUGGAUACUUUUUCUGUAAAAGUGGAACAGCAGGUCGAGACUUUAAAUAAAAUCAUUAUUUGAUUCAAUUUGUGUAAAUUCGAUGUAUAUAUUAAUUUGAAGUAAAAACAAAAAUAACAUAUUGUUAAAUAUACUGUAAAUUAUUCACUAGAACCUGAAGUUACAGGCCACACACGGUAUUCUCCCAAGUGUAAUAGGCUCUCUGGAUAUUUUAGCCAGAGGAUCAAUAUUUUGCAUUUGAAAAUAAAAUCAGUGGAUUUGUAAUGUUCUCUUUGAUCUUAAAAUGUGAUUAAUUGCUUAGGCAAUGCGUAACUUAUUUUAAUAAAGGAUCAUUUGAAGGAGGGGCAAAAGCAACAUAAUAGAUCGUCUACUUGCUCAUGAGGAUAACCUAAUGGACAUUUUCUCUCUUGUUCUGUGUCUUGGGAACAUGUGAUAUGUGGCUGCAGCUUAUUAAUCCUGGUUUUAAAUCAGGAUAAAUAAGCUUCACCAUGAAAUGAAAUGCUUAUAUUGUUCAAUCUAACUGUUUUGUUAUAAUUGUUUUCAUGUGUUUCUGUUUUAUUUUUUACAAACUUUAAAGAAUUUCAGAAUAUAUUUCAUCUUCCAAUGUCUGAAGACUUACCAUAUUAAUGUUAAAGAAAUGACUUGGAGAGGAAGGUUAAAUAUUUUUUGGGCUAGGAAGCGUGUGUAAAUUAUUGAUCGCUGUAAUACCCCUAUUGAUAUCAUAAACCUCUUGCAAUGAGGUAAAUUGAGCUGAAGGUUAGCAAAGACAGGGAGCAUGUGGCGAGUGAGGCCCGUUCUAUUAUUCAUUCCCAGUUGGAAAGUAUUGCAAUUUCUCAUGCAAUAAUUGAGCUGCAUUACCCCCGCAUAUUUAUUUAUUAAACAUUCCUAUGUGCAUUUUCACUUCAGAUCAAUUGCAAAUUUGCUGCGAAAUAUAACUUAAAUAAGACUCUGAAAUCUUAAGAGUAUUUUUCAAGUCAAGGAACAAUAUUUUUUUAUGAAAAAUGUAAGGUAUUGCAUAAUUCACUUUUAUAACUUUAGAACUUCAUAAGUUGACUUAUAAAUAUAUAUUUGGACCACAUCAAUUGAAUCAUCACAUAUUACAUUUUGAUGUGGUGGGUGGUGGGCUUGUUAUGUCUGCAUUUGUGGGUGUGAGUGAGUGAGUGUUUGAGAGAAAGAGAGACGGGGGGAGAGAGAGAGUUAAGCUUGCUUGGGAUGUUUUCAUGGACUGGUGAGAGACGGUGCUCGACAGAAUGGGGAUGAGAGCACUGUUUAAUUGCGGCAGACGGACUCCCGGACGGUGUUCUGCACUGCACACCCCUCCUCUCCCUCUUAGCCUACCCUGGUUGGUUAAGUCUUCGGCAGUCCCAGUGAGGAGAGCGAGUGGGGUAGGUAGGGGCGAUGGCAGAAUCGAGACACCGCCAUCUCAAUUAUUUAUAAAGUGCCAGUAGCAACAAAUGAGAAUGUGACUCGUUUGGAGGCAGACAGCUACCUCUGUGCAUUUUAUUAGCCUUCUCCUACUUUUAUCACAUGCCAAGCCAUUCCAGGAAUCAGCCCACAGCUCUUCCCCAGCAUGUCAUCGACUCAUCCAGAGGGAUUCUGUUACUAGGAAACACGAGGCUGCCCUUCAAAUGUGAACUUCGUGCGUCCUCUAUUCCUUCCAUGUCCUCUCUCUCUCUACCCCCACUUUUCUUUGACUUGCCUUUUCCCUCAGCCUGGGUUUUUCACGAACCUUUCUCUCUGGUGAAUGCAUAUUAUUGAGAUGUUUCAACAAAGGUGACAAAGGUGUGUAUGUAUGACCGUGGAUGCUUGCCAUGGCCACUGUAUCAUUUACCAACCUUAUCAAAAACAAUCCUUCCCACCUUGGCUACCAUCAUAUCCGUGUACAUUCCUACAUAUUGUACAGUACUAACCAGUUGCAUAGAGUACAUAUGACACCCAGGCGGGGAUUGUUUUUGUCACUUUUAGACUCUCUACAUGUGAGGAACCUUGUUACAUAACUAUUUCAGAGGUUGUUCUACUGGGAAAUAAAUUGUAAAAAAAUUCCAUUCAAUCUAUAUUUGGGUAUUUGUUUCAUUAGUCCACUGUUGAUACAGUCCCAAACUGUUUUGCAUGUCAGCAAUCAAGUUUUCAAGAUAUAGAACUUUCAAAACACAGAAAGUGUCACAGUAUGAUGCAUUUUGCAUCAUAUGAUGUCUUUUUUUUAAGCACACUGAAAUAUUAACUGGGCUACAUGGAACCUCUUCCUCUCUCUUAAGACUAAACAAUACAGCUAGCUGCCCAGAAUUGUCUCUCUCCAUAGGCUCUUGAAUGACCUCUACAUUAUGCAUGGUGCAGUGGUUAUAUCAGUCAAUUUAUCCCCUGACCUCCCACACGGAUACUCUGUUCUUCAUUUCAGCACCAGCACAACAGAGACUCACAACAGUCCAGACUAAAAUCUAUGGUUACCCUUGGACCGAACACCUAAAUUCUACAAUUUGACAGUAUGCAAAUGUUUGCUGCUGCAUGUGUGCAAUUCGCUAUCUGUAGUUACCAUCACCGUUUGGAUACAAUUUGUUACUAGGGAAAACACAGUACUGAAAAUACACAUUUAAAUCUGUUCUUAUAGCUCACAUGAAACGAUAAAUAUGUGCAAAGCCAAGAGCAUAAGUAUAUUUUCUUUCUCUUUUUGUAGUUUUGUUUUUACAGUCAAGUGUAUGAAACAAUGCUCGAAUGUCUUCUUUCACUGUGCCACCCAAUUUAAACAGUCAGAGGAGAGGGGGCUUCUGGGAGGACAUAUAGCCUGGGAUGCCACCUGCUUAAUUCACCGCCUCCAAUAACAGUAUUAUACACCGCAUGCAUAAUUUAACAGCGCUCCAUUAUAAAAGUGCCCUGAGAAAUGAGAUUAACCCACUCAGAAAUAACUCACACUGGCGUGAUUUCCUCAGAAAAGCACUUGAAAGAGCUCAUGAAAGCAGAAACCAGAUGAACACAUCUCUUCACAGUCUUUAGAAAUCUUAUCCAAAAAGUGAACCGAGAGAGGGAGAAAGGUAAGAAGCUUUCAAAAUAGCACGGCCAUCUUGUCACGCCUCUACUUCUCCAAGUCGAUCACAUUAGAUGGGUUCACUUUGUGACCUGUGGAGUUUGACAGUAAGGUCUUGUGACAACAGGCGCCCAUAGAAAGAGUACAAACCAAAGCACUAGAGUGGGCUGCAGGCACAUUAUUGUCAGGAGUUCAUACUGUCACUCUCCAUGGACUGACUUUUGAAGAGACAUGAAAACAGUGCGAGUCCAUAGAGGGGCCCCGGGUUAUCCUACAGCAGAUGCAGUCAUUGGUCCCCUGCUCCCCAGGCCUGAAGGCUGCCCUGGGGCUAAACUCCCCAAAGCACAAGAUGAAAAACCCUGCCAAUGAAUCAGGGUGAGGCGUACAAAUAGCUACUAUUCCUGAGCUCAUUUAUGUGGGGCUUUUAUAUGUGGUUCUACCUGCACAGAUCAGAUUCGAUCUGGGAAGCCUGUGUGAUCAAAUUGAACCGAAGGGCAGAUUCCAUAGCCUCUGGGCACCAGCUCAUUACUGUUUUAUUAGGGAUUCCCUGUGGGAUUGUGAUCCUAACUGUACUAUAGAAAGAUAGAUAGGGAGAGGGAAACCUUCCUUCAUAUUCGGUUAACACCUUAUUUGGAUAGUUCAUCUGUAGAUGUUGUAAAGCUACAACUACAUUCAGCUGCGGGCCAAUUUUUUCUUGAGCGGAUGGUCAGGGGGCCGGAAAACAAUUACAGAUAAUUUCUAGACUGCAAAUUGACCGCAAGAAGCCCAAACAGAUAACAUUGGACUAAAACAUAAUUUUAAACCUUGCUUAAAUUUGUAUUAGAUCACAUCUCUAUUAUGUGUGGGAAUACUUUGUAACAGAUUUCCAAAAUUAAAAUAUAUCGGAGUG